AUUAAAUAUUACAAUGAAUAAGAGCUUUGAAGCUACUGGGAAAGGGUAUGCAACUCAUUACAGGUCAAAUACCACUCUAAAUUUCGGGCUUAAUUCUGAUGUCAGGAGUGAACUAUCUUCCUCAAGGAUCAGUCAUCAUGUAGUGAUUCCAAUUUGAAGAGAUGCUAAGCCUAAAUUAUAAACAAUAAAAAAAAAGAAUUAUUAAGCACGGAGAGAGUAAGUGCUUAUGAAGAUGGGAGUGUGAUUAAGGUUAAGAGAACCAAAAAUAAAACUGUCUCCAUUCUAAAAUAAUUAUACUGUUGAUAAACCUGAUCUUGCGAAGAAAAAUAAGGAAAUAGGGAGUUAUUACAGCUUAAACCCUCAAACCAUUGCUUUCCAGAAGGUUCUUAGAACUAAGAAAAAAUUCUCAAGGAAAGUAAAAAUGCCAACUAUAUAUUCCAAGAAGAAAGCGACUGAUUCCCGAAGAAAUUCGACUCAGUCAUCUUUUAACAGAAUUAAAUUUCUACCUCAGACAAGUGCUAUUAUAAUGAAUAUCUAUCAUUCGAAGGGAUUUGCGUCUAAUAGAUCACAUGGAACGAUUCCUAAGCGUUCGCUUUCAACUACUUUUCCAAAAAGAUCUGCAUAUAUUGAGAGGAAACAACAGAACCGUAACUCCAAAGCUCUCAACACUUAUGGAUUUGAUCAACAAAGAGAAACUGAAGCGAUACAUAGUUUGGAAGAUGUAAAGCUUACAAGAUCUCUAAAUAGGGAUAACUCUCCGACCCACUCAAACCCCCUUCACAGCGUCCCUACAUGCCCAGUGUUCGACAAAGAGUCUCUUAGCAGCAAAAUCUCGACCAUGCUCGGAAAAGACCUUGACUUUCGUAGAACAAAAUUGCUCAGACCCUUCCUGAAACGAAGCGGUUGGAUACCCAGGAAGUAAUAAUGCACUGAAUACUAAGUUAUUCCCAGUAUAAGUACAUAAUUUUCUUAACCCUCAGUCAAUCCGGAGCCUUAAAGGACCAUAAACAUAACAUAUCAUCUG